UGUGUGGGGCCAGAGGAUGCCCCCUGGAGAGGGUGGCCUGGUGACUUUUCACCCUGGCUCUCAGCCUGUCAGAGGUCCACUCCUCCAAAAGAGGAGCCCUUAAGACUGGUCCCCGGAAAGAGAGAGGAAGGUGAUUUCAGAUGCCCCCAGCCCCGCCUCUUCCCCUGCAUGCGGGCUUCCUCUCCAGAGAGCACUUUCGCUUCCUGCUGCUCAGGCUCCCCUCGGAACAGCCCUUGCCCUAGCUGGAGCAGCCUUGAGUCUUCUCUUCCUCCGUGCCAGAGGCCAGAGCAUGGCUUACUGGUACCUGGCAACAUGAGGAUUGUCCAGCCGGAGGACAUGGUGUCUGCAGCCCCUACUGAAAGGGACAGGUUGGCUUGGCCACUAACAGAUGGAGCAGGCAAGAACUCACUUGGGGUCCUCAGUACCCCAGAGCCACUUCUUCGACUGCAGAGGACACAGAGGGUGUGGCAGGUCCCAGAGCUGGAUGCUCAGCAUGCCAAGGCCUUUUUGGAGCUGUGGCCACUGGGGAGCUUCCUGGUCAUAGGACAAGAUCCUAGCCAGGUCCUGAUGCUGAAGACAGGGCCUUCAUCAGGAGACGUCAACACCUAUCCAAUCCACAAGUUUGCUGGAGGUGUGUCCCUGGAAUCCUCCAACCUCUGCAUGCCAGACUUUCCCCAUCUCCUGGCCUUCCUGUCAGCCAGCAGGGACGUUUUGCCAAGGACACUGCUCUUGCCCACUCCACCUGUAGGGCCUGGAGACAAGGACACAGAUCCUGUGCGACUUGGCUGCAUCCGGGUCAACACCUCAGGGAGGGUGCUGUCUGUAGUAAACCAGCUCUACCUGGAGACGCAUGGAGGCUGGGGGACAGAGCAAGCUCCACAGCAAACAGAGCCAGAGACUGACCAGAAACACAGUCCAGACCCUAGGAAGCCCACCCCACAUCGGGUCUCCUGGGUGGAAGACCCACUGAAGCCGGAAGUGCACCACACUGGACAGGAAGUGCACCAUCUUGGACCAGACACUCACCACCUUGAAGUGGCAGAGUACCGUCCUGGAGCGGAAGUGUCCUUUCCUAGGCCUGCUCUAGUUAGUGUGGUGGAAGAGCAGGAGGAAGUGGGCAGUGACAAGCACAAAGAUGGAGAGGAAGGCCGCGAGGACCUGCUCACUGACCACAUCCGUGCUCUGGCCAGGGCCCGGAGCAGCUAUGUAGCCAGGCAGUGCCGUUGCCUUCGGGCACGGCUCACCUCAAAUUCUGGAAAUCCCUACAGGCCCGGGGACCCGGCCACGGAGCUGCUUCAGGAUAUACGCCAGCUCCUCACUGAUCUCCAGAAUUACCUGGCAAAGGACCCCGACGUCAGAGCUGUCUUUGGGAGCAGGGAACCUAGGGUCCCUGGGGACGAAGAUCUUGGCUCCGCUGUGGAAGUGGCCCUCUGUCGGGCAGUUCUGGAGCCCCUGAAGCCGGCCCUGUGGACCAAACUCCGAACUCUCAGAGCCCAGGAACUGCGGCUACUGCGCCGGCGCCAAAUAGUCUUGAGGGCGGGGGCAGGGCCCGAGGGACAGCACCCUGCCCCAGCCUUGCGGAGCCGGAUCCACGCGCGCCUCGCGCACCUGCACGCCGCCUGCGUCCCGCGCCGCAAGGUGGCGCUGCUGCUGGCGGUAUGCAGCGACGUCUACGCGGGCCUGGCCGGUGGCGAGAAUCAAGAGCCCCUAGGGGCCGACGCCUUUUUGCCCGCCCUGACCGAGGAGCUGAUCUGGAGUCCACACAUAGGGGAGACACAGCUGGACGUGGAGUUUCUUAUGGAGCUCUUGGAUCCAGAGGAGCUGCGGGGAGAAGCUGGCUAUUAUCUUACCACGUGGUUCGGGGCUCUUUACCACAUUGCUCACUACCAGCCCGACUCUGGCCGUGCACCCCAGGGGCUCAGCUCGGAGGCCCGGGAUUCCCUGCGCCAGUGGCACCGAAGGCGGACGCUGCACCAGCAAGCCCUGCCCACAGCCCAGGCCAACCUGCCCUUUGAGGAGCCCUGGGCAGUAGAGGACCAGUGAUGAUUGGAGUCCUCAAACCCCGGUCACUUCUGGGCUUCUGGCUCACUCCUCUGCUAAGCAAGAUGCUGGAGGCACCUGGGACAGCCGGAGGGUGGGGCAGGGAAAGGGAAGCUUAUUGCCCUGGCUGUUCCUACUUCAUACGAACCCUUCCCUAAUAGCCAAAGCACCCCCCCUUUCCUUCCUCCCCCCCUCUGGUCUGCCUCAAGGAGGCUCUCCUCCAGCAAACACAACCCCCCCAAACAGUGCUAAAACUACAACCCUCUCACCUGAACCCCCUUGGGGCAGGUAGAAUAAAGGCACGGUCCCCCAAAGAUGUCUACAUCUAUGAUA